CCCGCACCCGCGCCCGCCACUUGCAUCAUGACAUCGGGAGAGUUCAUGCAGAGCGCUCCGCUGCUGGCGCACAAAUCUAAGAGGAGCCUCUUGUACAAGGCGCUCUGCUUCCUUCUCCUCAUCUUCCAGGGCGGCAUUCUGGACUUCUACCUCAUCAUCUUCACCGACCUGUACUGGUGCUCAUGGAUAGCCACGGACCUGGUGGUGAUUUCGGGCUGGGGGAUUUUCUUCAUGAAGAACGCUCGGAGCAAGAGGGAGCGGGCCUGCGGCUUCCACCAGAAGAGCUCCAUCUUUGGCUGUAACCUCGGGGAGUUCACUUACGCCUACCUGGCCUGGCUCAUCUAUGUCAUUGCCUGCACCCCAAAGUUGGUGCUCAUCCUAGAGACCUCCAUCCUGGACCUGAUCGCGCUAAAGGUCCCGUGCGGAGUGACCGGCUUCAAAAUCAUCAUGCUCCUUUCCGCGCCUCUGCUUUUCUGCCUCCUCAAUUCCAUCACUGAAGAUGUAAACGGGGUGACGCGGCACCAUUCCCAGAGCUGCUUCAUGAGCACCUGCCUCGACCUGCUGGACAGUUUCACGCUGGUGGAGAUGCUGCUAAGGAAUGAGAUCCCUACCCUCUACCUGAAGUACACCGUCAUCUCUGUGUAUUUCGUGGCCCUGGCCGUGCCGGUGAUUUGGCUCUACGAACUGACGGCGUCGGAGCUGCGUUGCCGGUGGUUGUGGGCGCGCUUCUCCACGGGCCUGCUUGUCAACGCACCUCUACUGAUGGUCAGGUGUUUCCAGGUGUAUGUUUACAAGAUACCUGCGUCUGUACUCAUGUUCAAAAACAUCUUUUUCUUGGUGUGUAAGUUCCUGGAGUUGGUGGAGCAGUGUGUGACGGUGCAGGGGAUCCGGAGGCUGACCGGCAACAGCAACCCGGCCCAGUUCUCCCACUGCGUGUCCGAGAACGACAUGUGUCCGCACGGAUACGUCAACACCCUGGCGGUGACCCAGUCCUAGAGCUCGGCCCGAGUCAGUCUGUG